AUGUUGUCUGCUAUGUCUUUGAUCUCAGAUCUGUUGAUUUCGCACGAUUGUACUCUAAUGGCGGACAGGAACGUCAUCGCAACGGGGAUCGAGGACAUCGCAUCCUAUCGGGAAGGCGAACAUCGAGUAUUCUGGCGUGGCCAUGCUUUAUGCCGGAAGUCACCACCUGGGCGUAUCUUGAUGUCCUUUUGA